AUGGCGGAAACGCUCGGCCGAAGUGUGGAUUCCCACGGCAACUGGGCCUGGGAAGCGCCUGAGGAUAGCGAAGAGGAGGUUCCCAAGAUUCCAUGGGGGAGGGGGUUGAAGGAAAACGAGUGGGUUGUCCAGUGGGCAGCAGUAGGUUCCCGCGUGUGGGUUGCACGCUGGCCCAAAUUCCACAUCCAGGUGUGGCACCAAGACUCCUUUGGGCACUGCGAGCUCUAUGACUAUAGCUUCUGCCACGUACCCUCGCGCCCCGGCUUCCACCAGCUGGACUGCAUGACUUGGCGCCCCCUGGGCUCCUGGCAGGAGCAGCUCUCCCAGUGCUUCAUGGGUGGUGGCCCUCAGUUGCUCAAUAGCGACCUGAUCUACACGGGGGCCGACCGCUAUCGCCUGCAGACAUGCGCUAUGGGCACUGUCCACUUGCAGCUAGCCGUUCUCCUGCGGAACUUUGACCGCUAUGGCAUCGAGGCAUGA